GUGGAAACAUCAUCCCUGGCUCAGUCCGGGUGUAGAGAGACAGAAGAGCUUACAGUUUACUGGACAUGAGGGCGCUGACCCUGAGUCUCCUGUUGCUGGCUGCUGCCCAGGCUCAAGUUUCCUCGUGCUUGCGCUGUCACCAUUGCGAGAGCCGUGGGGACUGCACGAUCGAGACGUGCAUCCCAGGGCAGGAGCUGUGCAGAACCACCGUGCACUACAACCGCUGGAGAGGAGGCCAGGAGCUGGAGGUGGUGCUGAGGGGCUGCGCUGUGACCGGGAAGGACAACAGCUCCAUGUCCUACCGAACGAGCCAGGAGAUAAUCAUGCUGAAGGAGACCGUGUGUGACUUUGACCUCUGCAAUCAACCAGACCCCCGUCCCUCCCCUACUUUCCCUGGGGCUCGGACCCUAGAGUGUCAGUCCUGUGCGUCCUCUGACCAGAGCUGUGAACGUGGUCGGGCCCUGCCCCUUCGCUGCCCAGAGCCCACGGACCAGUGCAUAGAGCGGAUUUCCCAAAGCAAUCUUGAAGAGGGCUCCCUGGACGAGCGCUAUGUGCGCGGCUGCGGGAAUUUUCCGGACUGUCCAGGCCCCGUUGGCUUCCAUAACAAAGACACUUUUCACUUCUUGAAAUGCUGCAACCAUAGCCAGUGUAUCCAUGGCCCAAUGACGAAACUCUCUGACUACCCCGUGAAUGGCCUCCAGUGUCACAGCUGUGAGGGGAACGGCACCCACGGCUGCUCCCCGGAGGAGACGGCCGUCACAGCCUGUCAAGGUCCUAUGAAUCGGUGCUUUGAAGUCACCGGCACCCACAAACACUGGGGUCCCGGCUACACCGUCCGAGGCUGCGUGGCCCCCAUCUGGUGCCAGGCUCCCCAUCUGGCUGCCAUCUUCUUCGACCUGGCCCAGCCACAAACCUUCUGCUGCUUCGCCAGCGAAUGCAAUAAUGCGGCCCGAGACGCAAAUUCCCGAUCGAAGGGAACAGGACCCGGGCUUUUCCCCACCUCUCUUACCCUCAGCCUGCCUCUCAUGCUGCUGACCGUGAACUUGACCCCUGAAGGGGGCUUGACCCAGCUCCAUCCUGCUCCCUACCCCCACCCUCCCAUCAUAAUUUAAGGUUUUGUAUCUGACAGAAGGUUUUGUGUGAAUUGCAGAGUCUAAACCCCCUUGUCUCCCUCCAGUCCUAGCCCGGUAGCAGACCCAGGCCUUCAAAGUCAGAGGCCGAGCAUCAGCUGACUGAUUGACUGAUGAACCUACUGGGUAGUGAAGGCAGGACUGGGUAAAGGCUUGGGGGGAGGAGUUCAGAGGCCAGAAAACCCCAACACGUCUCUUUGGCACUGCCCCUAGUAAGGGGAUCUGGGCCCAGAUGAGGCUGUGGAAGGGGAUCUAGAGAGCCAGGGCCUGGAGGAAAGGAACAAGAAGGGAUGGGGCCUAGAAUGCUAGAACCAGGUCUUCUGGGUGGCCCUUGAUGGGCCUGCCCUGAGCUUGGGAUUGGCCAUACCCCUUCCACGGGCAUUACACCUCCAAAAUGGAGCAUGAUGCUUGGAAGAGGGAGGACUACAUUUCCCAUGAUGCCAUAACACAUGAGAGCUAUGCUUCCAAUGAUGCUAGAGGGAGAACUACACCUCCCAUGAUGCUUUGGGUAAUAAGGCCCACUGCACCUUCCACGAAGCAGUGGCAAAGGGCUAGGACUACACCUUCCAUGAUGCUCUGGGAGAGGACGACCCUCGCAGAAAACCACAAAAUUUCUGCUUUAUAAGGGACUUUUCCAAAGCCCUGUAGUCUCCAACAGCUAGUCAUCCAGCUUUUGUUUGAGUGUACCCAUUUGAACCAAAACUCCUACCUUUCAAGGCAGGCAGGCAACAUGCAUUUAUUAAGCGUUUACUAUGUGCCAGGUGUUGGUCUAAAUGCUGGGGAUACAAAUACAAGCAGAAAGCAUAAGAGUCCUGUUCCUUCCCUCAACAAGCUUACAUUCUAAGGGGGGGAAGAUAGCACUUAAAAUGUAGUCAUUAAGGAGGAGGAAGGUGCCCAGUGCAGAGCAUGGCGGGUGAGAUCUCUGAGAGGGGAGACAUUGGCAAGGAGCCAACCAUGGGAGGUCCCGUUCUACUCUGGGACAGCUCUCAUUCUGGGCGUGUUCUCCCCCACGCUGAGCCGACAUUUGCCUCUUUGCAAUCCAUUCUGCCUUCUUGGCCGUGGCAUCCCUUCAGAUAGUUGAAGACAGCUCUUGAGCCUUUGCCAUCUUGGAAUGCUACCUUCCUUAAAUUUGGUACCAAAAGUGGCAUGACUGGACAGUGCAGAGGAACCCCACUCUUCCUGGAAGCUGUGCCCUCUCAGUGCAGCCCAAGGAGGAAUUAAGUUCUUUCAGUAGCCACCUUAUACUUUUGAUUCAUGUUGAACUUGCAGGCCUCUGAAAUCCCUUGAGUGUUUUCUGUUUGGUUGGUGUUUUGUUUUGUUUUGUUUUGUUUUGUUUUGUUUUUUGACAAAUCCUAACCAAGCCUUUCCCAUCUUGUAUCUGUGAAGUUGAUUUUUUUACUUCAUUUUUUUAUUCCUUUCUGCAUUUCACUUCCUGAAUGUCAGGACUUUUUAAAAAUAUAUAUAUUUAUUUAAUAUUUUAUUUUUCUCCUAUUAAAUAUGAAAACAAU